AUGAAAUCCUCUAAUAUGUAAAAGAUGAGAAAUUUAGGGAAAAAAUUAGAUUUUUUUUCUUCUCCGGUUGAAUUGAUGAUUAAUAAGAAGAGAUCUCAUUAAUCCUUAUUUGGAGCAUUCAUGACAAUAUUAAUGUUUACUUGUGUUCUGACAUACAUCAUCAACAAAUUUGUGUAAUUAGGAUAGAGAAAAGAGUUUUAAACUCUAUAUUCUGAAGUAUACUAUGAGGAAAUUCCGGUAUUCUCUUUAUAAUCAAAGAAUUUUACUCUAUAAUUUGCAUUUUAAACUGAAAACUAAACAAACUAUAUUGAUGAAUCGGUUUAUUAAGUCAAUGCUGUUAUGGUUAAUAGAGCAUAAGUUAUGUAAGUUCUUUUAUUUAUAAAAGAGUUGAUAACAAAACAAGUUUGUAGUUCGCUAGAAAAAAUAUUCCUCUAUCAAAAUGUGCUAAAAUAGGAAUACCUUUUGAAGAAAUAGAAGAGCAACUUGGUAAUGUUGAUUCUACCAAUACCUAUUGCAUAGAUUGGAAUAGUGUCUCAGAACUUAAUUUAAUUGGAACUCCAGAAUAAGAGAACUAUACCUACAUAUAUAUUAGCUUUUAAUAAUGUGUGAAUGUCUCUGAAAAUAGUAAUUUUUUAUAAAUAAGUAGUUAACAGCCCAAUUUGUAAGUCUAAAGAAGAAAUUUAAUAAUAACUACAUCGUAACUAUAUUUAAUUCUAAAUGUCUUCAUAUAAUAUUGAUCUAAGAAAUUACUUAAAACCGAAUGUUCCAAAAGUCGAAGAUAUAUAAACAACAAUAUCAAGUCAAGUUAUGAAAGAUAUAACUUUAUUUAUGUAACCGAUAACAACAUUAACUGAAGAAGGAUUAUUGGAUGAAUUAGUGCGUAAAGAUUCAACUAUUAGAUAUCUAAAAUCAUAAGAAGUUAUAGACUUUAAUAGUGAUGAAGCACUUGCAUCAGUAUUAAUUAGAUUGGCUAAUACAGAAAAUAUAAGUUAUAGAAUAUAUCCUAAACUUUAAGAUAUUUUAGCUUAAGCAGGUGGUUUAUGGGAAAUUCUUAUGUUAGUUUUUACUAUAAUGGCGAAACCCUUUUAAUCUUUGUCUUAUAAAUUAAAAGUUAUUAAUAAUUUAUUUAAUUUCGAAGGAUAAAAAUAAUAAAAUGCAACUGAUACAGAUGAUGACGGAAAAUAAAUCUUAAAGAGAUUGACUGUGGUUUAAGAAAGUGUUUAGACUCAUGAAAAUGAUGCAGCUAUAAUGUUAAAUUAAUAAAAAGUAAAGACUUCUGUUCGAUUUCCUAGAGGCAGACUCAAAAACAAAUCAUAAAAAACUGAAAAUGGUAAUUCUGCACAAACAGAAAAGUCUUCUCAAUUGGUUACUAAUUCACCUGAAAACGAUAAAUUAAUUCAUAAAGGUAUAAGAAUUGCUCUAAGGAAAUUAUUUAAUAUAGCGACUCUGAAAUUAAGAUUUAAUCUUUUUGAUUAUUUAAAAUAUUUGAAGUGGGGGUAAUUGUAUAUUUUAAUUUAAUAGAAGAAAGGAGGGAAAGUUUAAAUAAUUGUAAUAUUCAAUAAAUAAAUUGGAGAAAUGUUUAGAUAUACUGUUUAUUAUAGAUAAAUUGUAAGAAAUAGAUAAACUCAAAAUGAUAUUAUUAACCAAAUAAUAGAUGCAACUUUUUGAUUUUUUACCAAAGCCACUGAUUUGUUUGGAUCCUAAUAAUUUGUAAUAGAAUGAAUCAUCUAUGUAUUCUUCUUUAUUGAAACCACAUAAAUCUUAGAAAGAAAAAGCGCAUGAAGCAUAAUAAGUGUUAGAUGAAUUACUUGAAAAUAUGGACGAUCCCAUCACAACAAAGCUUAUUUCUUUAAUGGACCCUAAUAUUUUUAAACUUCUAUAAAUUUAAUUAGACCUGAAGAAGAGAUAGCUCUCUAAAGUAAUAACUCCUGAUUUUAUUGAAUCAUGA